CUCAUUUGCAUACUCAACAAAUUCCAAUAAUAGAACCACUUCACAGCAAAAGUGACAUGGCGUCUCAGGCCAUCGAGAGCAACCGUCCUGGCGCAGAGGUCUUCGAUGGAGACGCCAUCUGCAGGAAGAAAUCCGUCGACCUGCUGGAAGAGCUCGGCCUCCCCAAGGGUCUCCUGCCAAUGGAGGACAUCCAGGAGUUUGGGUACAACCGCACCACGGGUUUCAUGUGGCUGGUGCAAAGGAAGAAGAAGGUGGAGCACACCUUCAAGAAGAUCAAGCAGACCGUGUCCUAUGCUGCCGAGGUGACAGCGUUCGCCGAGAAGGGCAAGCUGCGGAAGAUCACCGGUGUCAAGACCAAGGAGCUGAUGCUUUGGCUCAGUGUAGUUGAGGUCUAUGUUCCUGAGGCCUCGCCGGAGAAGGUCACCUUCAAGACUGGCACUGGCCUCUCCGACAGCUUUGACGCCACUGCCUUUGCACUCGGGGAGUAAAUAACUAAAUAUGCAGUCAGUUGGAUCAACCAGAAAUGAUGCAAUAUCUGUCUUUCUUUCUUUUGUGUUCCAAAGAUGCAUGUAUAAGUGUGUUCCUACUGUUGCCCGUCUGAGCUCGUG